AUGUCGUCGCAGGAUUACUACGGUCAACAACAACCUCACUACGGUAGUGGAUAUCCCAACCAUCCUCCUCAAGCUCACCCUCCCCAAGGCGGCUACUACCCUCCUCAGCAACCCGGCUACGGUCCUCCUCAACAACCCGGCUACGGUCCUCCUCCUCAGGUAGUCCCCCUCUUGCUCCCGGCAAUCCACUCGCAAAAAAAGUGA